CUACCUCGGUACAUAACUGAAGUCGCAGCCCCCAUCACGUUCAGUAUCCUGCAGCUUCAAAGCAUGUCUGGGUCUUCCGGCCUCUCGUUGAAUGCACUUUAUGAUCUUAGCGGUCGCAUAGCCUUGGUAACUGGUGGGGGAAGCGGAAUUGGACUCAUGAUUGCACGGGGUCUCGCGACAAAUGGCGCAAAAGUAUAUAUAUCGGGCAGAAGGAAAGAGGCAUUAGAGAAGGCAGCAAAAUCACUUGAUUCGAGUGCAAAAGGAUCAUUAUAUCCACUACCAAUGGAUGUUACCUACAAGGCUAGCAUCCUGGAAGGUGUGAAGGCGAUUGAGCAACAAGAAGGAAAACUUCAUAUACUGGUCAACAACUCGGGUCAAGUAGGUCCAGUAUCAUCGUUCUUCAAUGACCUAUCUUCCCCCGAGCACAAGGAACCUGGAACGCUUGGACGCGCCCUCUUCGACAAUGAAUCGUUUGAAUCGUGGUCCGACGUGUACCGCGUCAAUACAUUUUCUAUUUUCUUCGUCACUACUGCCUUCCUCGGCCUUCUCUCGAAGGGGUCGGAGGACUCGAAACAUUGGCAGAGCUCUGUCGUCAAUAUUACAAGUAUCAGCGGCGUGAUGCGCCUCGCACAGAAUCAUUUCGCCUAUAAUAGCGGCAAGGCGGCUUCAUCACACCUAACUCGCAUAUUGGCGACUGAAUUCGCAUUGAAAGGAGUUCCCGUGCGAGUUAAUGCUGUCGCUCCCGGCGUUUAUGCGACUGAAAUGACACAGAGAGUCAUCCCGGAUCCUGAAAGCGUCAGUGUAGAGCAGACCAAUAAGGUGGGACAGACUAUUCUGCCAGUUCCUGCUGGUAGGCCAGGGAAUGCACAAGAAGUCUCGGGAAUCGUCAUCUAUCUCGUUUCCCCCGCGGGCUGUUAUACAAACGGUCAGGAGAUCAUUAUUGACGGUGGAUACCUCGCAGUAAAUCCUUCCACUCGCUGACCGAUCGGGGUUUAUCUUCCGAUCGUCGGUCGUGUUACAUUCGAGAUAUUCCACACAAAUGUAAGUUAGUGGUGAAUAGGCGCUCAUGUGGCGUCCUAAACGAAACGUAAUGCCGACGGUUGUGUGCGGUUGGAGACAACUUAUAAGCGAUAAUUGCCAAUGCAAAGCGUAACCGGCUUGAACUCUGGCUGGCUCGGACGUUUUCUACAAGUCGGUGUAUUUCGCAAAACUUGUUUUACGUAUUUUCGUGGUGAACAACAUCGAAGUUCAGG